AUGCCAGCAUUACUGUGGUGGCUGGACGAGGUGCUUACUGCUGUCUGGCUUGCACUAGCUGCAGAUGCUAAGGUAGCUGGGGAUGCUGCGGAUGUAGUUGAAGAUGUUGCAGAUGAUGUGCUUGUGCUCGUGGAUAGUAUACUAGCAGUGCUAGAAGUGGCAUCGGAUGUGGCCUCUGAGGAGGCCUCUGAAAUGGUCUCGGAGCUGGAUGUAGAAGUCGUCUCUUCUACUGAAGUGAUGGUCUCGGUGGUUGAAAGGGUUGUCGAUGUUGACUUCGAUGUCGUCGAGGUCGAUUGA